UAAAAUCCCCGAGGCGAGCGCAGGAGGGGAGAGAGAUCGUUGCAGGCUGCAAAGAGAGCCGGUGGGCGAUCCAGUGAUUUCCUUUGCAAAGACGCUGCAUCUCCCCCAAAGCCAGGAUGGAAGCUCCGGUGUGCCUGGUUGAGAACAGGCCAGAUGGCCUCCGUGUCUCACCAGAGGCCCUUCAGUUGCUCUCGGAAAUCCGGAAGCCGGUGGUGGUGGUGUCCAUCAUAGGACUGUACCGGACAGGCAAGUCCUACCUGAUGAACAGGCUGGCUGGCAAAACUUCAGGUUUCUCUUUGGGUUCCACAGUGCAAGCCAAAACGAAAGGGAUCUGGAUGUGGUGUGUUCCCUAUCCAGAACAGCCCCAUCAAACCCUUGUCCUUCUGGAUACUGAGGGACUAGGUGAUACACAAAAGGACAGUUCUCAAAACGAUUCCUGGAUCUUCGCUUUGGCUGUGUUGCUGAGCAGCACCCUGGUCUACAACAGUAUGGGGAUCAUUGAUCAGACUGCUUUGGACAAGCUUCAUUUUGUGACCGAGCUGUCUAAACGUAUCAAGGCAAACACUUCCUCCACUUGUGAAGACGCUUCUGAAUUUGUUCGCUUCUUCCCGACCUUUGUCUGGACACUACGAGAUUUCACAGUACAGCUGGAAUGGGAUGGGCAACCCAUCACGGAGGACCAAUAUCUCGAACACGCUCUGGAAUUAAAAAAAGAUAACACUAAAGAGAAUGAGAUACUCAAUCUGCCACACAAAUGCAUCCGAUUAUUCUUCCCCAAACGGAAGUGCUUCAUCUUCGAAUGCCCUACUAAGAGGAAGAAUUUACCUCACCUGGAACAGAUGGAGGAUAGUGAGCUGGAGCCUGAAUUUGUGGAACCAGCGAACUCGUUCUGUCGUUACGUCUUUCAGACUUCUGAAAAAAAGACUCUUCCCGGCGGGCACGUGGUCACAGGCGACUUUUUGGCAAAGUUAAUCAAGACCUACGUGGAUACUAUCUGUAGAGGGGAAGUUCCCUGCCUGGAGAACGCCGUCGUGGCCUUGGCCAAGAUUGAGAACAGGGCAGCCCUGCAGGAAGCUGUUGGUCGCUAUGCGGAACUGAUGGACCAAGAUUUGCAGAUACCCACCGAGAAUCUCCAGGAACUUCUGGAUGUACACAAGAAAUGUGAGGAACAAGCCCUUCAGAUGUUCAUGGCUCGUGCCUUUAAGGAUGAUAAACAUCAGUUCCAGGUUGAACUCAUGAAAACUGUGGAGAGCAAAAAGGAAGAAUACUGCAGCAAAAAUGAGCUGAAAUCUUCUGAAAUCUGUUCAGCUUUAUUGAACUCACUAUCUGAGAACUUGGAGAAGAACAUCAACGACGGAAGCUACUCCCGAGCUGGUGGCCACCAGGAAUUUCUAAAUGACCUUCAAAAAGUGGAGGAACAAUUCUUGGAGACACCUAAGAAAGGAAUAAUGGCAGGGAAGUUCCUGAGAAAAUUCCUCCAGGGCAAGGAAGUCAUCGGCAAAACCAUCCUUAAAAGUGACAUAAGCAUUCAAAAGAAGGAGAAGGAAAUAGAAGAUGAAAAAAUGAAGGCCAAAGCCAAAGAGCAAGAACAGGAGGCCCAGGAGCAGGAAAUGGAAAUGUUGAAAGAGAAGUUGGAGGCCCAGAAACAGAGUCAUGAGAUGAACCUUCAGAAAUUAAAGGAGAAGAUGGUGGAAGAAAGGAAUCAGAGAAAGGCAGAGAACGAUAAGAUGAUUGAACAGAAACUCAAGGAACAACAAGCUUUCUUGAAAGAGGGUUUUGAGCAGGAAGCAAACCAACUGAAAAAGGAGAUUAAGCAGCUCAAAAAGGAAAAUGAAGCCAUGGAAGAACCAAGUUGGAUCAGCUCAGCUUUGGAAACUCUGGGAAAUGCACUCGCUGACGCAAUGCCCAUAAUUUGGGAUAAAGUUCUGGAUGCAUUUCCUGAACUGAUCAAGUAUUUCGAAUCAGAACUGAUAUUCUUAUUUCAAAAAGUUCUAGGAAGUGCUUCUACUUCCUAGAUUCUUUCCCAGGAGGUGCCUCUACUUCCUAGAUUCUUUCCCAGGAAGUGCCUCUACUUCCUAGUUUCUCUCCCAGGAAGUGCCUGUACUUCCUAGAUUCUCUCCCAGGAAGUGCUUCUACUUCCUAGAUUCUCUCCUAGGAAGUGCCUCUACUUCCUAGAAAUGACCUGGUUGCAUUCUUGCUACAGUUAUUUUAGAUCCGUUCUGUACAUUUAAAUUCAUGCCAUUCACAUUCAUUCUCAGACUUUAGGGACAUUUCUUUAAGAAGCUGGAGAUUUGAUUUCAAAGCUUCAUAGGCUUCUUGGAAUGCCACAAGUUAAGUUCAGGCUUUAUGUUGAGCUCCUGUUUGUUUUAAUCUUGAUGUUUUGAAUCGUGUCUGCAGGGGUUUAUAUAAAGCCCAAAUUUGAGCCCAUCACUUAAAUGCUAAUAGACCGGCUCUUUCAACACCCACCCAAUUUAGGUGCUACAUCUGAAUGCUCUUUGCAUAAUUUAUUUUACUUUCCCUGACAAUAUUGAUCAGUGUUUUUCAACCUUGGCAAGAUUUAGACAUCUGGACUUCCACUGCCAGAAUUUCCUGGGCACUGAUACGGAUUUUUAAAUAUUUUCUUUAAUAACAGUUUUAUUGUGUUUGUUGAGUGAGAAGCCUAUUUACACUAGUUCAUUAACAGAACUUCCAAACUCCUAGAGUUCUGAAUAUUUUAUUUUCACUGUUAACCUGUGCAUUUAACCUUGUUCUUAAUUCUAUUUUUAACUGUUCUUAUCCCACUGAAGCAUGGGAUAACUAAAUAUCAAUGUUUUUGCAUUGCAACUGAGGCACAUUAAGAAAGUACUUGCUUUAGCAUAUGACACCAGUGAGAUUGGCAAAAAUGUUUAAAAAUACUUCAAAUAACUGUUGGAAAUGCAAACAUUAUUGUAUCUGGUAGACAUACCCUAAAGCAAAAAGAUUUUGGGUUAAAAUACAUUUAUGGUUGGAGAAAAUGACUAAAAAAACAAAUAGACUUUAAACCAGAAUUAUUUUUGUUAGGAAUAAUAGGAGCAAAUUAUGAGAA